AUGCCUACCAUUCGGAGGACUCUGAAAAAUGUAGUGAAGAACUAUUCAGAUGCCCAGGUGAAAGUUCGGGAGGCUACUUCCAAUGACCCCUGGGGCCCAUCCAGCACAUUGAUGUCAGAAAUUGCCGAUUUGACGUACAAUGUGGUAGCUUUUACAGAAAUCAUGCAGAUGGUCUGGAAACGGCUGAAUGACGAUGGCAAGAACUGGAGGCAUGUUUACAAGUCUCUGGUUGUCCUGGACUAUAUCAUUAAAACUGGGAGUGAGAAGGUGGCCCAGCAGUGUAAGGAGAACUUCCAUGUUAUUAAAACACUAACAAGCUUUCAACACAUUGAUGCUGACAACAAGGACCAGGGCAUGAAUGUCCGGGAGAAAGCCAAACAGUUGGUGACCAUGUUGUCUGACGAUGAAAAGUUGAAAAGUGAGCGAGCGAAGGCUUUGAAGGCCAAAGAGAGGUUUGCACAGAAUGCCAUGGGAGUGGGCAAUGAACAGACUAGCGGCAAAUCUCCCUCACCUGGCUCUGGCAGUGCAGGAUCUCCUUCAGAGAUAGAGAGUGUUCGACCCUCUUCUGCCGGGGAAGAGGAGCUACAGCUCCAGUUGGCCUUGGCUAUGAGCAAAGAGGAGCACGAAGAAGCUGUUCGCAAACAAAAAUCUGAUGACAUCAAACUGCAGAUGGCCAUAGAACAAAGCAAGGAACAAGCGAAAAAUCACAACACUCAGCCCAGCACCCUUCUAGACCUAGCAGGGACCAGCACCUCGGGCUCUCGGGCUGCCGCCAGUGAUCCCUGGGGCUUUCCCAUUCAGUCUAGUCAACCAGCAGACCCUUGGAGCAGCCCGCUGCCUGGACAAGGUCCAGUGAAUGCAGAUCCCUGGGCACCUCAAGGCUCAUCUGCUGGUGGGAACACACAGGCAUCUGGAACCUCUGAUCCCUGGGGAGUACCAGUCGGCUCACCAAGUCCUCCGACAAAUAGAGGAGCAUGGGCAAGCUCCAGUCCUACUUCACGUGGAUCUCCUUGGGGUGGUUCUUCAUCUGCAGGGCAACAGCACAGCAUUGUCAGUGCUGGUUUUGAUGCCUUUGGAGUCCCACAAGGUACUGUGGCAAACGGAAGCAUGGCUAACAGUAUAGACAGUGAGUUUGAUUUGCUGAGUGCUCGAAGUACAGAUGCAUCGCCAGUAAAAUCAUCUUCACGAGGGCUGGAAGACUUUGAUCUGUUAUCAGGUGUAUCUCAGACUCAUGGAUCAGAUGGGGAUGCCUUCAACAUGGAUGGUUUGGGCCAGAAUCUGCCACAAGGGAAGAAGAAAAGUGCUGAAACAUUUUUGGGAGGGCACGCCAACCUGGUUAACUUGGAUGAGCUUGUUUCAUCUGCUCCCACCAAAG